AUGUCAACCUUUCGAAUAUUAAAAACUACUGCUCAUGUAAUAAAUGACAUCGAUACCAAUCAAUCUGUGACAAAUUAUAGCAAUUAUUGGGAUGCCACCCUGGUGUUCCAUGAGGAAAAAGUAGUAGAUAUUGGAGUGGCUCAUAUUGAGAGCUGA